GCCUUUCAGUCCUCCUGAGCAAGCAAGGCACCUGGUCCCUGCAUUCCCUGCCAUAGCAGGCUGAGUAUUGCUGAGUAAAUCCAUCUCAUCAGGAGGAGGAGGAAACACUUUUGGGAAUGAUAAAACAACGAGCAAAGCAAGAGCUGCCGGGGCGGCUGAGUGCCCCAAUGGCUGAAGAAAAGCCCAAGUAUAACUGCACUGUCAGUGAAGUCACGAUUGUGAACCUGCAGCCUGAUAAAAAUCCAGUUCUCCUCUUGCCAGGAGGGAAGCCAGGAAGUGAACAUAGAAACCUUGGUUUCCAGCCUCCUUCUCCAAGGAUUUCAGAGAAGAGGCUAUGCCAAGGAGAGAAAAAAUUGUGGCCAGAAAAGAUGAAAAAGGAGGGAGUUUUGUCUCCCAGCCUGCAUCGUGCAAAUGAGUUGUGCAGCACAGAGAAUGUUAGCCUGAAGAGGCAAGUGAAGUUGGCCCCUCUGGAGAUCCCUGUGGAAGUAAAAGAAGCCCAGCUCCAAAAGAUUAUGAGCAUCCAGAGAGAAGCCCAAAUGGCUGCCCAGAAGCUGAUGGUGAUCAACUCCAUGCGGAAUGAGCCCCAUGUGAAACGGGUAAAGAAUCUGGCACAGGGGGAGCUGGGAAACCUUCAACAGAUCAAGCUGAGUGAGAAGGCUGCUCUGGAGAGCAAAGAUGAUCCCCUACCCCCUAAAAGCAGCAAACCCCUUGGAGAAAUCCAAAUUAUUUUGCCUUCAGAGACAACCUCUAAGUCGACUAAACAAGCAGGUGCUGAGGAGGCUCCCAAGACACUCUGUAAGCCGUUAAUCCCCACUCUCCACGUGUCUGACAUGCAUGGAGAGUCCAACAGCCCCGAGAGCAUCCCUGAUCCCUGCCAAAAUGUUUCUCGGCGCCGAUUCAGAUUAAGACACACGAAAGAGCAGCAGGAAGACCACGGGAAAGCCAAACCCUUAAAGGCCACAGAUCCAAGUGUGGGAGAAGGCACGAAGAAAACUGCAGGUCAGCGGACACAAAAAACCCUCAGUGACGCCAGCAAGCUCAUUGAAAAUGUGUCCAAAAAGCAGAAGGAACGAGGAGCAAAGCAAAGGGAAAUAGAUGAAGCCUCUCUUGGGAGGAGGCAGUCCAUUCGAAGGAUGGCCUUGGGAGACAUCAUACAGGUGGAUGAUGACUGAAUGUUACAGCACAGAUACCCAGAAAAAUGUUUCAGAAUGACUGCUUAGCUAGAAGUCUUCAGAAGAGUGCUUGGAGACAUUAGUAGACCACCAAGUAAAAAUAAGGCGAUAUUGUUGAACAACUCUAUCAUUUGCUGAGAUGCUCAAACAAGCGGCUCAGAGAAAAUAACAUUUCGCUCUGCUCAACACUAGAAAGGCCUCAAAUAUCCUGAGCCCAGCACGGAGUAUAACUUUUCAAGACACAUAUGGACCAUGCAGGAAAACUAUGGAUGUGGACUGGGUGGAGGGAUCAAGAAAAAAACAGGAAUGUAGAAAGUGCUGUGUCUGGGGCUUUUUGCUCCUGAGAAUAUAGCUCUUCCACUCUCAGAUGUGGCAAGUCUGUUUCAGAAAAAAAGAUUUAAAAGUUCUUCAUAUCUACUGUUGGCAGAACAAUAAAUAAUUAGCAUUAGUUUAGCAGGAGACAUUCAAGUCAGAAAAGGAGAAAAACUUUUAAGUGCAACAGACACCGAAGAAUGAUGUUUACCAAGAUGGGAAUCUCUGUCACUGAAAUUUUUAAUAAUGCAUUAGGCAAACACCUGCCAAGGAUGUUUUCAGAUGAAUUAAUCCUUCAUUCACACACAAGGACCGGAUGAUCUGUAAUGUCCUUCAGUCUCAAUUUUCUUAUAUUGUAUGGUCUAUCUUUUCAGUUGUCUACCUGUGGGGCUGCAUACUAAGCCAUGUAGUGCAAAAAGAUACAAUAAAUGCAACUUUUCACUUUUCACUGAUUCUUCAUUGUCUUGCAGCUUGUGCCAAGAUAUUAACUGAAUUCUUCAGAAGGAAGCAUCUAGUGCUGCUUUCCCUUGGUUUCUUCAGACUUCUGUUUAUUCUUUCACAAUUUCUUGGUAAAUGGAGGAACAGUUCAUCCAUAUAUUUUUUGUGUUGCCCUUUUUACCUUUUCACUUUUGGUCACUUUUUAAGAUCUUAGUCAUCUUGUAAAGAUUGAGUAUUGGGUUUAUGUAUAAUACGGAAUAAACCAAACCUAUGCAGUCUCAA